AUGGGCCCUAAAGGAGAAGCGGUGGGCUCCAUCACUCAACCUUUACCCAGCAGCCACCUUAUCUUCCGAGCAGCUUCAGAGUCUGACGGUCGUUGCUGGAUGGACGCCCUGGAGCUGGCUCUGAAAUGCUCCAGUCUGCUGAAGAGAACCAUGAUCCGUGAGGGCAAAGAGGAGCCAACAAUGGCCACCGGAGGAGAGCACUCAAUCAACAUCUACAGCCUGCUGCGAGCACACAACAUGCAAGGCUUUCAGUUUAACGACAGCGACCACCUGAAGGACCCGGACUUGUACUCAGAUAAGUCUGACCGCGAGCUGGAGCAUGAGGAGUCUGACCCUGAGGGGCUGGAGAAGAGCGAGGAGAGCGACAGCGACACCUCCGAGCGCCAGGACGAUUCUUACAUCGACAUGGACCCCAACGAACAUCUGCGCGAGACACCAUACAUAGAGGAGUCCCACGAGGAACUGGGAGAGGCCGGAGAAGCCUCGCAGACAGAAACGGUCUCAGAGGAGAAUAAGUCCCUGAUCUGGACACUGUUGAAGCAGGUGCGUCCUGGGAUGGAUCUGUCCAAAGUGGUGCUUCCCACGUUCAUCCUGGAGCCACGAUCCUUCCUCGACAAACUUUCCGACUACUACUACCAUGCAGACUUCCUCUCUGAAGCUGCAGUGGAAGAAAACGCCUACGAUCGUAUGAAGAAAGUGGUGAAGUGGUACAUCUCAGGAUUCUACAAGAAACCCAAGGGGUUGAAGAAGCCAUACAACCCCAUCAUCGGAGAGACGUAUCGUUGCAUGUGGCUGCACCAGAAGACCAACAGCAAGACCUUCUAUAUGGCUGAGCAGGUUUCACACCAUCCUCCAGUCUCUGCUUUCUACGUCAGCAACAGAAAAGACGGUUUCUGUGUGAGCGGCAGCAUCCUCGCUAAGUCCAAGUUUUACGGAAACUCUCUGUCAGCCAUUUUGGAUGGAGAGGCACGUCUCACAUUCCUGAACCGAGGAGAGGAUUACGUCAUGAACAUGCCCUACGCUCACUGCAAAGGCAUUCUGUACGGCACCAUGACGCUGGAGCUGGGGGGCCAGAUUACCAUCACGUGUGAGAAGACGGGCUACAGCGCUCAGCUGGAAUUUAAACUCAAGAAGCCCAAUAAUGACCCAGGAAGUACAUAA